AUGUCCCCGCCGGCGGCGACCGGCGGCGCCGGUGGUGCUCGCGAUGGUCACGCUAACUCCGGCCUCGGCGAGCCGCUGCUCCGGAACGGCGGCGGCGGCGGCGGCGGCGUCCACGCCGGGGCGGCGGUGACCGUGGCCAACGGUGGCGCGGAACCGGCGGCUGAGAAGAAGCGAAGCGCCGAGGACAGGUACUGGGUGGACAUCGACCAGCCGGAGGCGCUGGAGCCGGCCGACGUGGAGAGUGGCCGCGGUGGCCGCCGGCCCCUGCUGUUUCGGAACAAGAAGGUCAAGCGGAGCAUACUGUACCCAUACAGGUUCUUGAUCUUCGCUCGUUUGAUCGCAAUCAUCAUCUUCUUCAUAUGGCGGGUGAAGAACAACAUCGCCGACAUCGAGUGGCUGUGGGCGCUCUCCGUCGCCGGCGACGUCUGGUUCGGCUUCUCAUGGCUCCUCAACAUGCUCCCGAGGAUGAACCCCAUCAAGAGCAUCCCCAACCUCGCCGCGCUCAAGCGGCAGCACGACCGCCCGCGCCCGGACGGCAGCUCCAGCCUCCCGGGGGUCGACGUCUUCAUCAACACGGCGAACCCCGUGGACGAGCCGAUCCUGUGCACGAUGAACUCCGUCCUCUCCAUCCUCGCCACCGACUACCCGGUGGAGAAGCACGCCUGCUACCUCUCCGACGACGGCGGGGCGCUGGUCCACUACGAGGCGCUGGAAGAGACGGCGAGGUUCGCCGCGCUGUGGGUGCCAUUCUGCCGGAAGCACUGCGUCGAGCCGAGGGCGCCUGAGAGGUGCUUUUAUGAUGAGCUGCUGAGAGCGCCGACGUACGCCGGUGGGUCCCCGGAGGAUUUCGUGGAGGACCACCGGUGCGUGCGCCGGGAGUACGAGGAGUUCAGGGCGCGGAUCGGCAUGCUCUUCGACACGGUUCGCCGGCGGUCUGACGCGUACAACGCCGCCGGGAAAUCUGGAGGAGGCGUGAAGGCUACUUGGAUGGCUGAUGGGACACAAUGGCCCGGCACUUGGAUUGAGCCAGCAGAAAACCACAGGAAAGGAGACCAUGCUGGCAUUGUCAAGAUUGUGCAAAACCACCUGAGCUGUGAGCCUCCUCCAGCAGAGGGCGGCAACAACAUCAACCCCGGCCUCAACUUUGACGGGGCGGACACUCGGCUCCCGAUGGUCGUGUACGUGUCCCGCGAGAAGAGCCCGGGCCGAGACCACAACAAGAAGGCGCGGGCAACCUGA